AUGCCUCCCACAAUUAGGAAGUAUGAUUGUGACUAUGAAAAACGUAAAAAGAAAAAGAGAAUUGAAGAGCUCACUCAAUCACAAAGAGGAGCUCUUGAUAAGUUUGUUGUGAAAGAAUCACAUGUAGGUACUCAAAGUAUUAAUAAUGUGGUUGUGAAUGAUGAAGUAGCCUUGGAUGAUAAUAGUGUUAUUCCUAAUGAUAAUGUGCCUCUAAAUAGAGAUAAUGUAUCUUUUGAUGCUAAUGUGCCGAGUGAGAAUGAUAUUGGUGGUAAUGAAAAUGAUGUUCAUGCUAAAAAUGAUAAUGGUGUGAAUGAAGAUAAUACUCCCAUUGAAAAUGAUAAUGUUGCGAAUGAAAAUAAUCAUGGCUUGGAUGAAAGUAAUGACAAUCAAUUUGGCCUUGAUGUAUUUGAUCCACGAAAUUGGGAUGCUCUUAAUUCUAAAAUGAUUGAAGUGUUAGUAGAAAAAGGACCCCAAAGAGACUUGUCUAAGCGAUUUUCUACGACUUUAUAUAUAGAAUCUUGUCAAAUGGAAAAAGAUGUGAUAGAGAAUGGCUUGUUUAUUCAAAAGAGCUUGACAAAAUUUUUUGUUUUUGUUGUAAAAUAUUUAAAAAAGUCCAUGGAAGAGGUCAGUUAA